AGGUGUUUCUGCGUUUCGUGAGUUUUCGCUUCCGAUUGUUCUUCCCACCGGAAAUUUUCUCGACGAUCGCGUGCGCGAGUGGCUUAGAGGCAAACUUUUGAAAACGUGAAAAAGUGGGGACGAUAUUUUCGCAAUAACUGUGAGUGAUCAACAAUAGCAGCGAUCGUGAGUGGGUGACUAUUGUGCACGGGAGUUUGACACUUCAGUGAUCGCGAAGUGGUUUGUUUACAGUCAGAGCAUCGCGCCGGGACGCCGUGGUUUAUUUACCCACAUCGAACGCAUUUACCGGAGAAGGAGGAUGAUGAUGGUGUGACGUGAACCGUGAAGCGACAACAACUGCCGAACGUUCAAAAGGGGAUUAUUGGUGGUGUUUUUCGGCGUGGAAUGUCUCAAUCGUUAUCGUCGUCAUACGGGCGCGGAUCGAAGAGGGUUCAUUUAUCUUAAUGGAAUAAAGUGGUGAUUCGUACUCGAAAGAGAGAGAGAGAGCUUCGGUGUUUGUGUUUUUGAUUGUUGUCAAAUGGAAGAGCAGGGGGUUGUGUUGUGAUGGUACCAGAUUGUGGUUUUCUGUUGAUUAAGUAAUGAUCAUUGUGUAAGAGUCGGUUUUCGGUGGUGAUUGAUGGAAUGAGAAGAAUUGUGACAGCCGGAGAACGCUUGGAUUAACGACACACGUAACAAAGCGGGAUUAAAGGACAAACAGUUCGCAGUCUGGCGUCCGUCCAGGUUGUCCCGCUCCUCGUUGCUGCACGUCAAAAUGCUACUGUCCCUGCGGAGGACGGGCAGCACGAAGCAGCUUCUAUGAGGUGCCUUAGGAAGAAGAUGAGCCAGGUCUUCUCGCUGUCCCUUCGAUACAAACGGACCCUGCAAGCAAUGGCGGCCGGCACCUUCCUGAUCUACAUGACUCUAGUUCUGUACCAGAACGUCUACGGCUACAGCGGUGGCAAUAGUGUACAGGAACUGCAAUACAACUCGCUGGAUUCGGCGGCGGCAGCAGCAGCAGCGGAAAAUGUGAUAGCCAAACGGGAUAACAGUGUGGUGAAUGGUGGUAGUGAUGGUGGUGAUGAUAGCGCCAACGGUUACGGCGGCAAUGUGAUCCAUAAUAGGCUUAUCAGUAGCAAUAGUGUUGGUGUUAGACAUCAUAGCAAACCGACCCGGUCGGACUAUUACGAUUCGUACCAGAAUGGGCAGCAACCGGCGGUCACGGGGACACCGAAGCCGCCGACGACCGAGCUGGACGAUCUGCUGAUCAGCGUCAAGACGACCAAGGGGUACCACGACACCCGGCUGGAGAUGAUCACCAAGACGUGGUAUCAGCUGGCGAAGGAACAGACGUGGUUUUUCACCGACACCGACGAUCAGCACUAUCAAAAGUUGACGAACGGUCACAUGGUCAACACCAACUGCUCGCAAGGACACUUUCGGAAAGCGCUCUGCUGCAAGAUGGGAAAGGAGUUCGAGUUCUUUCUCGACAGUGCCAAAAGAUGGUGGUGCCAUUUCGACGACGACAACUACGUCAACGUGCCACGGCUGGUGCGACUGCUGGACGAGUACAGCCCCACGCAGGACUGGUACCUGGGGAAGCCGAGCAUCUCCUCGCCGCUGGAGAUCUUUCUAGAUAAUACCAAAUCAUCGACGGAGGUGAACAAGAAGGUCACGUUCUGGUUCGCGACCGGCGGGGCCGGGUUCUGCAUCAGCCGGGCGCUGGCGCUCAAGAUGCUGCCGAUUGCGAGCAGUGGCAAGUUUGUGGCCAUAGGCGAUAGGAUUCGCUUCCCGGAUGACGUUACGAUGGGUUUCAUCAUCGAGCACAUCCUCAAUGUUCCUUUAACCGUGGUGGACGCGUUCCACUCGCACCUCGAACCAAUGGAGUUCAUCCGACCGGAGACGUUCCACGAUCAGGUCUCCUUCAGCUACGCCCGCAUGAAGAACGAAUGGAACGUGGUCAAGGUGGAUGGGUUCGAUCUGAAAACGGACCCGAAACGAAUCUACUCGCUCCACUGCCAUCUGUAUCCCUUCUUCAGCAUAUGUCCCAAGACGACGAUCAAACGGAGAUGAUGAUGCCACAACGACACAAUUAUUCUAGCUAGCCAAGAUUAGCUAAGGAGCGCCAAACCAAAAUCGACGACGUGAGGAAAAUCCUUUCAAACUGGAAAACAACAAGAACCGACACCAACGUUGAGUUCUAAACAAGAAAAAAAAACGGAAUCAAACUACAACACUGUCUGUGAUUGAAAAUAAUGAAUUUUGUUUUGUAAUAAUUUGUAGUAGUCAAGAUAAUAUGUAAUAUUGUAGCAAGGCAAAGGUGAUGCGAAAAGAACAAAACAAAACAAGCAAAAACAAGAAGCAAGAUGCAGGUGAAGCAAUGCGGGCCUACCUAGGAGGAGCCCAUCUAGUCCCUUAUGUGCAGCUGUUUUAGUGUUUUAGCGAAGAAACGGGAAACGUUCUUCCUUCCUAGAUAAAAUUUGACAAACGAAUGUAAAUAUAGCAAAAAUGUGAAACGUACUAAAAAUCAUAAAUACUUCCUCGAAACGAUGUGCUCUAUUAUAUGGAAAGGCAAUGUUGUAAUAUGUAUCUUUUGUUUUAGACGAAUCAAAAUAGUGUAAAUAAGAAGAAGAAAAAAGACGAACAAGUGUAAUUGUAUGUAGCAUACUUCGAACAGAAAAUCAUUGUUUUUAUCAUGUUAGGUGUACGUAAACAUUGACUAUUGUUUUAAAGAAAAGUAAAGCGAAAUUGUGUUAAUAAAUCAAUAAUUUAAAAAUA